UCGGAGGAGCAUACAGUGACAAGUACUGUGGUUCGUGUUAGCUGUCCACACUGCCAAAGAAUAACUUCAGAGCUGAUACUACAGGCCUUCAUGCUACGCCUGUGAGAGUAGAUGCUAAAUUAACCUGCUAAAACUUAACAGUGUCUUUGUACUUUAGUGUUUACCUGUACUCAAACACAUUUGAUUCCAGGACGGCAACGGAGUCACAGCUGAGAUGACCCUGCAAUGGAAGAAGUCACAAUGGAGGCCUGGACUGGUGCUGUGCUGGUUUCUGCUCCAGAUCUCUGUGCAACCUGACUACCAUGUGUCAGCCGUCAACCUGCGGCACUUCAUUGGCUGUGCAGUCCGGGAGUUCACCUUCCUGGCCAAGAAGCCCGGCUGCGGGGGGCUGCACAUCACCACCGACGCCUGCUGGGGGCGCUGUGAGACCUGGGAGAAGCCGGUCCUGGACCCUCCCUUCAUUGAGUCCUUCCAGCGGGUUUGUACCUACAACGAGACCCGUCUGGACUCUGUGAAACUCCCCAACUGCCAGGCAAACGUCGACCCAACGUACACCUACCCCGUGGCUCUGAGAUGUGACUGUGGUGUCUGUCUGACCAGCACCACUGAAUGUAUAACAUCUGUGUAACACAAAUCUGAACAGGCAGGGAGUGGGGUAGAAAUUCAGAUCCAAAGAUAUAUUUCAUAUGUUGUUGGUUGUUUGUGGACACAGUUAUUCUUCCCUCUUUUGCCAAGUAGUUGCCUAAAACAAGACUUCAGUUAUUUGGCACUGCUUGUUAGAGACACUUCAUUCACUUAGAUAAUUGCUCCUGAAAAUGUUUAUGCAGAAAGAUUCAGUUUUUCUGUAAAUGUAAUGGUAAAUCCAUUAACCAUUAUAAAAAAAUGUUAUGUUAGAUUGCAAUCCUGCUUUUAAUGUAAUCCAAAAGUACUUUUAGCAAUUUUUUGUAUAUUAGAAUUACUUAAGUAAUUACUUGCCUGUUGUUUUUUUUUAUCCCCAAAGUGCUCAGAAAUGUAAGAUAUGUUAUAUAAAUAAAUUACAUCUUACACAGAUGGUCUGCUUUA